AUGGCGACUAAAUCUACAGUCCCAAUCCCUGAGCCACCGCAACUCCCGUUCUUUGGGUAUGUUACCGGCGUCGACCCUGAAAAUACUCUCAUAUCGUUUGCUAGAAUUUCGGAGAAGUAUGGCGAGAUCUUCCGAGCACGCGUGCCAGGAGCUAGCCUAGUAUUUCUAAGCACACAUGCAUUGGUUGAUGAGGUUUGCGAUGAAAAGAGGUUUCAGAAGAAGCCCAAUGAUGUUUUAACACAACUCAGGGCAGGUCUUCACGACGGAUUGUUUACGGCAACAAACGAUGAGCCGAACUGGGGCAUCGCCCAUCGUGUUUUAAUGCCAGCUUUUGGACCGAAAGGUAUCCGCGACAUGUUCGACGAGAUGAAAGACAUAGGUUCACAGCUUGCCUUGAAAUGGGCCAGACACGGGCCAUAUGCAAGAAUCAACGCACCCCAAGACUUCACACGCCUUACUCUCGACACAAUCGCCCUUUGCUCUAUGGGAUUCCGAUUCAAUAGCUUCUACUCCGAGAAUUUACACCCGUUCGUCAACUCCAUGACGGAAUUCCUUCUAGAGAGCGGACGCAGGUCCCAGCGACUACCGCUUCCUUCCUUCAUUUAUCGGACACAAGACAAGAUAUACGAAUCCCAUAUUGCCGUCCUCGCCGAGACAGCCCAGGCCGUCUUAGACGAGCGCCUUGCGGAUCCCGGGAACGAGCGGAAAGACCUGCUCUCAGCUAUGCUUAAAGGACGAGACUCACUUAGUGGACAGAAAAUGAGUGAUGCUUCCAUUAUCAAUAACCUGAUCACAUUUCUGGUUGCUGGGCACGAAACUACAUCUGGGAUGUUGUCAUACGCUAUGUAUAGAUUAUUGAAGAACCCAGAUACUUACCGCAAGGUGCAACAAGAAGUUGAUCAAGUUAUCGGCAAAGGUCCUGUGACGGUACAGCACAUGCAAAAACUCCCAUAUAUCACAGCAGUUCUCCGCGAAGCACUACGCUUAGAUUCGCCAAUCCCGAUAUUCUCAAUAAGCCCCGUAGAGGAUACAUUGCUUGCUGGAAAAUACCAAGUCCACAAAGGAGAAUUUAUCCAAUGUCUUCUCAGCAAAGCACAUCUCGAUCCAACAGUGUUCGAAGAUCCUAUGGCCUUCAAACCAGAAAGGAUGCUUGACGAGAACUUCAGUAAAUUACCAAAGAAUGCGUGGAAACCAUUUGGUAACGGUGCUAGAGCCUGUAUUGGUCGACCAUUCGCGAUGCAGGAGGCCAUCCUUACUAUGGCUAUCCUCUUCCAGAAUUUCAACUUCGUCCUAGCAGAUGCAGACUAUGAGUUGCGAAAUAAACAGACUCUGACCAUCAAACCCGAUAAUUUCUUCAUACGAGCCAUAUUACGCGACAACUUAGAUCCCGUUAAGCUUGAGCAUCGACUUUCCGGGAUCGCAUCAGUGUCGGACAAGCCGAAGACAAGUACAAAUGGCCUAGAACAUAAGCAUACGGGUCAUGAUCAGCAGCCCAUUGCUAUCCUGUACGGCUCCAACAGCGGCACUUGCGAGUCAAUGGCUCAGCGGUUAGCUUUUGAUGCUGCUUCCUAUGGGUAUAGAGUAUCUACUCUGGACUGUAUGGAUGCUGCAGUAGAAAAGCUCCCAGAGAAUCAGCCCAUUAUCUUUAUAACAGCAAGUUAUGAAGGACAACCUCCAGAUAAUGCGGCCCAAUUUGUUUCUUGGAUUGACGGCAUCAAAGACAAGUCAGCUCUCCGCGGAUCAUCAUACGCAGUCUUUGGAUGUGGCCAUCACGAUUGGUCUCAGACAUUCCACCGAAUUCCUAUACUCAUAAAUACAAGACUGGAAGACCUCGGUGCAACGAAUAUUGCGGAACUGGGCCUUGCGGAUGUGGCCCGGGAAGAUCCAUUUGUUGCUUUUGAGACAUGGGAAGAUAAUGUGCUCUGGCCAGCCCUAAAUAUGUUGAGUGCCAGCAAGGGAUCGGACGGGCGGCCGGGAAUACACCAUGCAUCAUUGACAGUGGAUGUAUCCAAUACGCGCCCAUCUAUACUUAAACAGAGUGUAGAAGAGGGGCGUAUACUCGCGGCCAAAUUUCUAACUGCAGACGGCGAACCUGCAAAGAAACAUGUGGAAAUCCAGCUCCCGGCCGGCGUGACCUAUAUGCCUGGGGACUACUUGUCCGUCCUACCUAUUAACCCCAAGGAAACGGUCCAAAGAGCCAUGCGUAGACUUGGAUUGCCGUGGGAUACAAGCAUCAGAAUCUCGGGUACCGGUAUAAGGCUACCUACCAACGAACUAGUACCUGCUAGUAGUAUAUUGAGCGACUUCGUAGAGCUCGCCCAGCCAGCCACCAAACGGAAUAUCCUCGCGUUGGCUGAUGCAACCGAUAGCGAGGACGACCGUAAAGUGCUGAAGAACUUAACCACCGAAAACUACGACGCGGAAGUACUUGCAAAGAGAGCAUCGGUAUUAGACUUACUAGAAAUGUUUCCCUCUGUCAACUUAGGUCUGGGAUCCUUUCUGGCGAUGCUCCCACCGAUGCGUCUUCGCCAAUACUCUAUCUCGUCGUCGCCCCUAGAGGACCCUCUAAAGGUCUCUAUUACUUUCUCUUUGGUCUCGGGACGCGCCAAAUCUGGCCGAGGAAACUACAUAGGCGUCGCGAGCUCCUACCUGGGAGGCCUUGAAACUAACGAUAGACUCCGCGUGUCUGUGCGGCCGUCUCAUAUGGCUUUUCAUCUGCCAGAUACUCCGGAGAAGACGCCACUGAUUCUCGUUGCAGCGGGAAGCGGCAUAGCGCCUUUCCGUGGCUUCAUUCAACAUCGUGCUGUGAUGAUCAGAUCAGGCCGUAAACUAGCCCCAGCUGUACUAUAUCAUGGUUGUCGGGAACCGGGUAAGGAUGACUUGUAUUCCGCAGAGUUUACCGAGUGGGAAAAGGCUGGAGCUGUUAUAAUUAAGCGAGCGUUUAGUCGAACACCGGAGGAGUCGGGCGGAUCCAAGUAUGUGCAAGACAUCGUAUGGGCGGAUCGACUCGGUUUUCUCCAAUUGUGGCAAGAGGGUGCACAGCUCUACAUUUGUGGCUCGCGGAAGGUCAGCCAGGGGGUUGAAAAGGUCAUCAAAGAUAUACGCCAAGAAGAAUCGAAGAUAAAGGGCGAGUACCUGAGCGACGAGGACGCGAAAAUAUGGUGGGAUGAGUUGAGAAAUGUACGAUACGCCACCGACGUGUUUGACUAA